AUGAUGGCCGGUGAUAAACAACCUGAAAUGUGGAAUAAAGGAAAGGAUGAGUUCUGCCCGGACCAAGAAAAGGAACCACAGCCAAGUAAAAAACUAUCCCACUCUAUUGAGGAAAUCCUGAGGAGGCCCACCUGUGUCAGGAAAGAAAGAAGAGUUCACCGCACCUGGUCAGUUAUCAAGGAGAACACCAGGAUAUCCAACCAGCUUUCACCCACAGGUUUGACAUCUAUGAAAUAUGGGGCUGUUGUGAUAUUUUCAUCUAAAUUCACAAAAUAUUCAUGUUAAUAGUCAUAUUUUCCUGCUUCCAGUAGAAACCACAGAAACCAGACUACACGAGGAAUCUCCAAAAGCCACAACAAAUUGCAUAAGUGAGUAAAAACUAUAUUUUCUUCAAAUCCAUGUGCCAGUAACAUGUUUAAAUGAAGGCGUCAGUGAUGGUGUUAUUUUUACAGAUAAGAGGAAAAAGAGGCAAACAAGGGUCACUUUCACAACCUUCCAGGUUCAGGAGCUGGAGAAGGCUUUCCAGCAGACUCAUUACCCCGACAUGAACAUCAGAGACCAGUUAGCCUCCCAUCUGAACCUCAAUGAGGGGAGAAUACAGGUAAGACAUCUGCAGGUCAUUUUAUCUUUCUUUAAAAACAGAUUUAUCACUAACACCUCUCUGACAGAGCCAAAAGGUCAAACUUACCCGACUCAAAAUACUCAAACCCUUAAAGCACAAAACAUUAAGUACUUAUCAUUCCUUUUGUGUAUCCUUUGCACAUUUCUCUGUUGAAACUUGUGAGUCAAGCAGUGGUAAACAAAUAAACAAGUUCCUGUGGUAGAUUUUGUAUUACUAUUUGGAUGUGUUUCUCUGCAAUCUCCUUUCUGCUUCUUUAUUUGUAUUCUCAUGUAAAACCAACAGCCAAACUACAAAAAGAAGAAAAAAAAAACAGAUACAUUAAUCUCACGUUUUUGUCUGCAGAUUUGGUUCCAGAACCGCCGAGCCAAAUGGAGAAAAGCAGAAACACUGAAGGAUAUUGAAUUGAUCAACACAUGCUACAUACAGUCACCCUCUCAUCCCCAGUUUCAUCAUGAGGUAACACCAUAA